AUGGCCUCCAAACCCAGUGCCCAAAAGGUCCCGGUCGCUCUUCCCAAGGGCAAUGAGGGACCUGGCAGUGCAAAUGCUGGUGCCGGCGCGGCUUCUCUUGUGCCUUUAGAUGGAGCACUGAGCGGCGCUGUAGGCGCACGAAUCCGUGUCACCACCACAUCCAACACCACUGUCGAAGGGACCCUCUACACCGCCGACCCGCUCACCUCCCUCCUCAUCCUCAACACUUCCACCACCAUGGCAGCCGCCGGUUCCUCGACCACGAUCUCCCCCAGCACACUCGUCGCCCCCUCCGGCGCCUACCGCAUCAUCCCCCUCGCGCAGAUCCAGAACUUCCAGCUCCUGUCGCCCGGUCCCAGCAGCACUGCGCAAGACAACAGCACCACGUCCACGGCCGCAGCGCAGCAGCUCGACACCGCCUCCUUACAGGCCCGCCUCCAGAGCGGUGUCUCGGCACAGCAGUCCGCGCAGGCGCGACAGGGCCCCCGCGGCACGCUACCGCUCGAUCAAGCACUGUACGAUGCGCUGUCGCGCACGCACCCCGCGCGCUGGGAGGGCAACAAGAUGGUCAUCUCGGACGCGUUCGUGAUCGAGAAGCCGUACCAGGGCGCGAACGUCGGCUACUAUCACGGCCCGCAGGCGGGCGAGGGAGGAAACGGGCAGGAAGGCCGCAACGGCGGCUUCAAGGGCGAUUUGGACCGCUUCAGGAAAGUGGUGGAUAUGGAGUUGAGCAAGGCGAAGUUGCGCUUGGGGAAGGGUGGGCUGGAUAAGAGGGUCUCGACUUCUGGCGCCGCGGGAGGGGGAGCGGAGCGGAAGGGCGGUUGA